CAGAUUUGACUAGCUUUGCUACUCCAUUGAUAAGUUAACCAGUUUGACUGUGCAAUCAGAGGAUGACACAUGGCAGAGUGCACUUUCUCUAAACUAGGGUUUCUGUAGGUGCAAUGGAGCCUGCGGCUGUUGCUGUUGCGUGAAUGGUUCGUGUUUUCUGGCUGCUGCGGUGGAUGGAGGCUCACGGUGGCGUAGAAGGCGCUGCAAUGGAUGCAGCUUGGUGGCUCACGUUUCAGGUUGCUGCCAUGGAGGCUGCAGGUGCGAAUAGGUCCAGAGAGGAAGGAGGAAGCUGUGGUGGCGCGCUUCUUCUGCAAUGGCUGCCGACGUUGCUGUUUGCGUUGCAGGUCGCGCAGAUCUGUGGUGGACGAGACCCGAUGUUGCAGUUCGAUGCGGUGGAACGGUGUAGAAAUGCUGGUGCAGAUGCGUGAAUCUUGUUUGCUCUCGCUACUCGCUGUGGAGACUCACUGGUCACGGUGGUGGCUGUGCAAAGAUGGCUCGCUGUCACGGUGGAUCUGUUGCAGGUGCAGUUCGCGUUUUCCGAUCUGUGGAGCAUGAAUCUGGUGCAGGUUUCACAGUGAUGUUGGCAGAGAUGAAGAUUGAUAGUGGUGAUGGCGUCGCUGGUUCACGAGCUUGGUGUAGUGCAGUGCGAGGUCCGUCAAUGGCACAGUUGCGGCGUAGAUCUGUUCGUAGGUGGUGCUGCCAUACUUGUAUGUUGCAGGUGCGUGGAGAGAAGAUGGUGGUUGCUGUAACUGUUCCGUUUGCGUGCUUCCGCUGCAGAGAUGAUGGAGACGAAACUGUGGUGGUCGGAGGUUUGACGGCGAGAUUGGCGGUGGCAGAUCUGUGGUGGCUGCCGGCAUGGUGGCAGCUAGGGUUUGAGGAGAAAUUAGGGUUUCUGUUUUGGAAGAUGGUGAUGUGGCAAGCUCUCAUUGGUCAAUUUGGUGAGUGGAGGAUUAUGACACGUGUCACCAUGUGGUUGGACAGAUUUAGAAGGUGAGGAUUGCCACAUGACAUAAUCUAGUUGAGAUAGGUUUAAGUGAUAGGAGGAGUGCAACUUAGUAGAAAUUGGGGGUGCAAAAUAGGUUUUUUAGUGGUCCACUUGACAUACGGUAGUGUGUAAAAUAAAAACUGGGGUGCAAAGGUGAUUUUUCCAGAACUUUCUAA